GCUAACUUCCGUCCCGCCCUCCCAGCCUCGCCUGGAGAAGCGGGGUUGCCCGUGCCGUCCGGGUGGCGCAGGCCUCCGGGACGCCCGCCGAACUCCCGAGCCGUCUCCAAUUGGCCGUCGGGGGAACGGAAGCCGAAGCAGAGGAGUGAACCCGGAAGUGCUUCGCCGCGGAGGCCCGGGCGACUCUUUUGAAUGGAAUCGGGCUGAUUCAUCGCCGGUUCGCGGAGCCAGAGCCCGGCGGAGUCUGAGUCGCCGCUGCAGCUACUGCCGUCUUCGCCGCCUCCGCAUCACCGCAGGUGGGAGACGAGAAUCCAGACCGCGGCCUCCCGUCCCCGCCCGCUUUCAGGAGAGAGAGAGAAAAAAAGUACUUGGGAAAAGUUAUACCUGUCAGUAUUAGCAGGAGCUUAAGAAGAAAUUUGUCAAACAACGAAUUGAAGCUUAACACCACAAGAGUUGUAGUUGCUGACCAGAAAUAUGGACAGACUUCUUAGACUUGGAGGAGGUAUGCCUGGACUGGGCCAGGGGCCACCCACAGAUGCUCCUGCAGUGGACACAGCAGAGCAAGUAUAUAUUUCUUCCCUUGCACUGUUAAAAAUGUUAAAGCAUGGUCGUGCUGGAGUUCCAAUGGAAGUUAUGGGUCUUAUGCUUGGAGAAUUUGUUGAUGAUUACACCGUCAGAGUGAUUGAUGUGUUUGCUAUGCCACAGUCAGGAACAGGUGUCAGUGUGGAGGCAGUUGAUCCAGUGUUCCAAGCCAAAAUGUUAGAUAUGUUGAAGCAGACAGGAAGGCCUGAGAUGGUUGUUGGUUGGUAUCACAGUCACCCUGGCUUUGGUUGUUGGCUUUCUGGUGUGGAUAUCAACACUCAGCAGAGCUUUGAAGCCUUGUCGGAGAGAGCUGUGGCAGUGGUUGUGGAUCCCAUUCAGAGUGUAAAAGGAAAGGUUGUUAUCGAUGCCUUCAGAUUGAUCAAUGCUAAUAUGAUGGUCUUAGGACAUGAACCAAGACAAACAACCUCAAAUCUGGGUCAUUUAAACAAGCCAUCCAUCCAGGCGUUAAUUCACGGACUAAACAGACACUACUACUCCAUUACUAUUAACUACCGAAAAAAUGAACUGGAACAGAAGAUGUUGCUAAAUUUGCAUAAGAAGAGUUGGAUGGAAGGUUUGACACUUCAGGACUACAGUGAACACUGUAAACACAAUGAAUCAGUGGUAAAAGAGAUGUUGGAAUUAGCCAAGAAUUACAAUAAGGCUGUAGAAGAAGAAGAUAAGAUGACACCUGAACAGCUGGCAAUAAAGAAUGUUGGCAAGCAGGACCCCAAACGUCAUUUGGAGGAACAUGUGGAUGUACUUAUGACUUCAAAUAUCGUCCAGUGUUUAGCAGCUAUGUUGGAUACUGUCGUAUUUAAAUAAAACAAUGCAAAAGGCUAUUAGUGAUACUUUUCAGCGUAUAUUCCUCUAUUGUUCCUAAUGCUCAAAAUCAAGGGACCUCUGAAGGUGUGUUUGGUUCAAUGUAAGACAUCUGGCAUCAUUUGCAGCACUGUAACACCUUCAGUCUCAGUUGUGCAAUUACUUCUGUUUCUUUAGUCAGGGUCUUUGCAGAUUCCAAAGUUGUAUAAGAAUACAUCAAAGUGGACAAAUUUUGUUAAGAUCCCAUUUAAUAUUUGAAGAAAACAGUAACACAAAUAUAUUUUGAUUGUUGCUUACAAAAUAAAAUACAUUUACAAUCUA